AUGCGUUUCGCUUCUCUCUUCACCGCUGCCUUCGCUGCUUUUGCUACUGCUUCUCCAAUCGUCAACUCUGGAGCCGUUGCUUCUAACGAGUUGGUCACCAUGGACACCGUUGCUGACUCCAAGGUCGCUGACUCUGCCAACGUUGUUGCUAGAGACAACGAGCUCCUCACGGACAUUGAGAAUCUUGUUGGUGACUUUGUUUAUGACAUCGAAGGUCUCUGCAACCUUCUUGGCUUCAAUGUCGACGAGAUUUUCAACGCCAUUGGUCUUCAGCCUCCUGCUUCGAGACACGGUGAAGUUGUCGAUGGUGCCAAGUUAAUUUUUGACAUUGUCAAGGACCUCAUUCCUAUUGCAACCAGUCUUGGAGUAAACUUUCUCAAGACCAUUGCCUCGCUUAUUUUCUGA